AUGAAGUAUGAUAGUUUCUUUGCCAGGAGUUUUAGUAAGCAUGAGCAAAAGAAAUUAGGAAUUGGAGCAUUUGUUAGUUGCUUCAUCGUAGUAGUCACCUUUUGUAUUCUCUUCAAGCCUGAAAUUCGUCAUUUUCGAGUUGAAACAGUGAAAAAAGAUGCAGAGCCAAUGUGUAAUGUGUUGGAACCAUUGUCUGAUUACUGUGAGAUAAAGGGGGACAUAAGGGUCCAAGGAAAUUCCUCAACAAUUUUUGUUAUGUCUCAUAGUUUCAAUAUUUCUGCUGAGAACAAUUCAUGGACCAUACAACCUUAUCCAAGAAAAGGCAAUGCAGGGGCAAUGUCAAGUGUUAAAUCUUGGACAAUAAAGUUAGUACAAGACCGCGAAAAUAUCCCAAAAUGCAGUGUGUAUCAUGGCUAUCCUGCACUUCUGUUUUCGCUUGGAGGAUAUUCAGGAAACCAUUUUCAUGAUUUCUCAGAUUUACUCGUCCCAGUCUUUUCAAAUUCGCGGGAUUUUAAUUCAGAGGUGCACUUUCUUGCCACGGAUUAUAAACCAUGGUGGAUAGGUAAGUACAGAACGUUGCUCAACAACAUGUCUAAGAACAAAAUUCUUGACAUUGACAAUGAAAACGAGGUACAUUGCUUUCCUAGUGUGACAGCAGGCCUUAAAUCUCACAAAGAAUUCGGAAUUGAUCCCUCAAAGUUCCCAAAUGGUGUGUCAAUGUGCGAUUUCAGACAGUUCUUGAGGAGCUCCCUUUCUCUAAAAAGAGUUGAGGCCAUCAAGAUGAAGGGCAAUAUUGUUACAAAGCCACGCUUGCUGAUCAUGUCAAGGAAAAAAUCGCGAUCUUUAUUAAAUGAGGGCGAUGUCAAAAAAAUUGCUGAAAAAUUAGGGUACGAGGUUGUCCUAGCUGAAGCUAACCUCAGUACAAAUUUGACAAAAUUCGCGCGAAUUGUUAAUUCUUGUGAUGUGCUAAUGGGAGUUCAUGGUGCCGGAUUAACCAACAUGGUUUUCCUCCCGGACAAUGCAGUUUUAAUUCAGUUAGUACCUUUAGGAGCAAUGGAUCAUUUGGCGAAACGUGAUUUUGGAGAUCCUGCCGGAGAAAUGAACAUAAAAUACCUGGAUUAUAAAAUUAGGGUGAAAGAGAGCUCAUUAGUGGAACAAUAUCCACUUAAUCAUAAGGUUUUCAAAGAUCCAUCAUCAUUUUUUAGGAAAGGAUGGGAUGUAUUUAGAUCAAUUUAUUUGGAUAAACAGAACGUAAAAGUUGAUCUUAAGAGGUUUAGGUCCACUUUGCUAAAAGCUAAAAAGCUUCUAGCCACUUGA